AUGAAUUCUCGUAUUGCUUUCCUCGUUUCUUCUACUCUUGUUAUUUGUCUGAUAACCACCACCAUUUCUGCUUUUGUUGGCGGUAAUGAGACCGAUUAUCAGGCGUUGUUGCAGUUCAAGUCAAUGAUCACCCAUGAUCCAUAUGAUGCUCUAAGCUCAUGGAACACUUCCUUUCAUUUCUGCAAUUGGAGUGGUGUUUCAUGUGGGAAGCAGAAUAAAAGAGUCACUGCUCUAGAACUGAUAUCACAAGGGCUAAAGGGCCGUUGUGGAAUCCCGCCUGACUUGGGGAAUAUAACAUCAAUGGAAGAGUUCACUGCUUCUGGCAAUCCGUUGGGUGGUAGCAUUCCAGACACCUUAGGCCGUUGGAAAAGCUUAACAAGUUUUUACCUUGGUGGCUGUAACUUAUCUGGAACCAUCCCUCAUUCCAUUUUUAACCUCUCACUCCUCACCAAUUUUACCUUGGCUGAGAAUCAGCUUACCGGUAGUCUUCCUCCAGCCAUAGGUGAAAUGCUUCCGAAUCUUGAGCGCCUUCAAUUACGGCAAAACCAACUGACCGGACCUCUUCCACCCUCGCUAUCUAACUGUUCCAAAUUUCGAAUUCUUGAAGUGAACUUCAACAGUUUUAGUGGGAAGUUGACAAUCGAUUUUGCAAAACUAAAACACAUCAAUUAUUUAUUCUUAGCUGAAUACACCUUUGGAUUCGGAGAAGCUGAUGAUAUGAAGUUUUUUGAUUCUUUGAAAAACUGCAGCAGAUUAACGUUGUUGUAUCUUGAUGAUUGCCAGUUUCAAGGAGUGUUGCCCACAUCAAUUGGUAAUCUUUCCGAUCAACUCUCUCUCCUACUUUUAGGAGAAAAUCAUUUCUAUGGAAACCUUCCUUCCGGUAUAGGUAAUCUAGUUGGCUUGACCCUUUUAUCUUUACGAGAUAACCAAUUCACAGGAAAAAUCCCCUCCACUAUUGAUUGGAAUAUAUUCCAUCAAGUAUGGGAAAUUGCCAUAAUCUAUUGGAGUUGCACCUUGAUGACAAUCAACUCAGCGGGAGAAUACCUAAACAACUUGUUCAACUUUCAUCUCUGA